GGCUCGCUUGUCUUCAACAGAACACAGAACCCACCUGAUAACAGAGCUCAAGAAAUGUUCUCUCGCGCUUUCACCACCAAGAGGCUUCCUCUUCUCUUCUUCACUCCCAAAGCCCUGUUCUCCACGCACAUUGUGGGCGAAAAACCGAUCCUCGUUCGGGAUUUCAUACAUUCUGCGCUUUACGACCCAAAACAUGGCUACUUCUCUCAAAGAUCGGGGUCAGUUGGCGUGCUCGAGAAAAGCAUUAAGUUCAAUCAGCUCGAAGGUAGGAAAGUUUAUAUGAAAUACCUGGAUGAUAUAUACAAGCGGAGUGGCAUAGCAUGGUUUACUCCUGUGGAGCUUUUUAAGCCUUGGUAUGCACAUGGAAUUGCUGAAGCCAUAAUGCGAACUACUAAUCUUUCAGUUCCAUUAAAAAUAUAUGAAAUUGGUGGUGGAUCAGGAACUUGUGCGAAGGGUAUAAUGGAUUACAUAAUGUUGAAUGGACCUGCUAGAGUUUACAACAACAUGACUUACAUCUCAGUGGAAAUCAGUCCUUCAUUGGCUGAGAUACAAAGAGAAACUGUUGGAGAAGUUCGUAGUCACUUGUCAAAGUUUAGAGUAGAAUGCCGUGAUGCUGCUGACAGGAGUGGAUGGGGAGAUGUGGAGCAACAACCAUGUUGGGUAAUAAUGCUUGAGGUGCUUGAUAAUCUUCCACAUGAUCUUCUCUAUUCAGAAAAUCAAGUUUCUCCUUGGAUGGAAGUAUGGGUUGAGAAGCAACGUGAUAGGGAAACACUCUCUGAGUUGUAUAAGCCAUUACAAGACUCCCUAAUUAAGCGGUGCGUUGAGAUUAUUGACUUGGACAAAAAUCAUAGCAGUCAAAGUAGUGCAAUAAAAAUGGCAAGAAGCAUUUGGUCUAAAGUUUCUCCCAAACCUCGAAGGUGUUGGCUACCAACCGGUUGCUUGAAACUGCUAGAGGUAUUGCAUGAGGUGCUACCGAAGAUGUCUUUGAUUGCUUCAGACUUUAGUUACCUACCUGAUGUGAGGAUACCGGGCGAAAGAGCUCCAUUGGUUUCAACCAAGGCAUAUGGAAGAAGCUUGGACUAUUGCAGUUAUCUGGAUGCAAAGGGUGAUGCUGACAUAUUUUUCCCCACCGACUUUUGGCUUUUGGAAUGUAUGGACCAUUACUGUUCUGGAUGGUUGAAAUUGCACAAAGAUCAAUCAUCCAAGCAAGGGAGGAAGAGGCGUACUAUUACACUUGAUACGUCUUCAUUCAUGGAAGAGUUUGGCGUGCCAUCAAAGACAAGAACGAAGGGUGGAUACAACCCACUUCUCGAUGACUUUAAGAAUACAAAGUUUUAUCUUAGCGUCCCAACACAUAACACUAAAUAGACGGCUGGCAUGCGUCAUAACAAAUUCCUGAUAUCUGGCAACCGCACCGCUAUUUCCAUGGAUGCUUUCUGGUUGAGAAUAUCUGGCCGUGCUUAGGCUUUGAAGAGAGGGAUGAGAGUUCUGUUGGCAUCCAAGAAUUGAUUUGAUGGAGUACUCUUUGAAGAGAAGGGCACUUGCGAUGCAUGCACUAGAUGAGAAGCAAGAUAUGCAGAGGUGGGCUUGCGCAUAAAAUGGAGGGCUCUGAUGGCUAUACCCUUUCAAACUAUGCUAUCAAGGCUACCAACAUUUUCAGCAUUUCAACAUUUCUUCAACCUUGUCAAUUCAUAAAAAGCAUACUUUCUCAACAGGUGUUUCAUGGCAAUUUAUGCAAUCUAUGCAAUUAUAUGUUACAUGCUACAGAAAUAUGAGUUAAGGCGCACAAAUUAUGGCCGUCCAUUACUCAAAAUACACUAAUAAACACGUUACGUUAGUCAGUUUGAAA